AUGGCCGCUGAAAUUCCAGCCUGGCAGGGCUACACCCUAUACAUCGCCCCAGAAAGCUAUCUCUUCGAUCCCAUCGCGCCAAAGGAUGCAGGGGAGAAGAAGCAGGUCCUCAAGAUCGAGAGGGAUGAAGAGGGCAGCAUUACUUUGCUUGGUACGUUUGCUGGUGGCGGCAGACUCGACGGUGACUGAAAGCCUCCUUCUCGUUGCCAUCCCGCGCGACCUCGGCCAAUGCAUGGCCUUUGCACAGACUCGAUGCCCACGCUGACGCUGCGCGAGAAAGAGCUUAAGGUGUACGGUGAGCAUCGUAGCGCAGCAAGUCUUCAAAGCUGCUACUGACCGCGAUUCGCAAUCUCGCGUGCAGGCAUCCUUGGUCAGAUUACGCUGCACACAGCUCCAUAUCUCGUGCUGGUGACGGCUCGCAAACAAGUCGGCAACUUGAGCGGUCAUGCUCUCUACCAAGCCACCGACUUUCGCAUCUGCCCCGUACCCAGGGAUUCGAAACCCAGCGUCAUGGAGCACCCUGUAGAGCGCACGCUGCUGGAAUUGCUCAAGACUCAUCUCUACUCUGCUCCAUUCUACUUUAGCUACACUUACGAUCUGACUAGCUCCUUUCAGCGAUCAGAGAGUCAGCGCGGAGCUCUCUGGCAGAGGGUGGGUUGAUAAGCUAGCAACCGUUCAGAGGGGCUAACCGCCUGGGCUGACCACUUGCAUUCUCAUCUGCCCGCACAGGCGGACGAGCGCUUCUUCUGGAAUCGGUACAUCAGCACGCGAUUCAUCGAGACCACGUCGUCGGGCAAGACGGAUCUGUCCAAGUUCAUUCUCCCCAUCAUCUUUGGCUUCUUGGAGCUGAAGCAGAUCAACAUCAAGGGCAAUGAUCUCACCUAUGGUCUGAUCGCAAGGCGCUCCAGACACCGGGCCGGGACGAGAUACUUCUCUCGAGGCAUAGACGCCUUGGGCGAAGUCUCCAACUUUAACGAAUCGGAGCAGUUCAUCAUCCUCAACAAGGGUGGCAAAGAGCUUCGAAGCUCGUACGUGCAGACAAGAGGCUCGGUGCCAGUAUUUUGGGCAGAGGUCAACAAUCUGCGAUACAAGCCUGAUCUUUUGAUUAUGGACAAGCACGAAACAGUGAGUGGGCUGUGGAGUCCGCUUUGCGUAAGCUACGGGGCUAAGGCGAUGGGACUGCACUCCCUUCGCAUAGGCCGAGGCUACCGCUUUGCAUUUCCAAAAGCAAGUGGCAACCUAUGGGGAAAACUAUUUGGUCAACCUGGUCAACCAAAAGGGUUAUGAGAAACCAGUCAAAGACGCUUACGAGAAGGCUGUCGAGGAGCUAGGCAACCCUCGAGUCCACUACACGUACUACGACUUCCACCAUGAGUGCAAGGGUAUGAAGUUUGAAAAGGUAUUUGGGUUGAUCGAACGGCUCCAAGGCAAGGGACUUCGAGCGGAAGAGUGAGUCGUACACGAUGGGUGCGAGUCCCUUCGAGCUUGCAAAUUCUGAUUGCGGCAUUCAACGUUCGCCUAUCAGCUACUUCCAAUCAGACGGAGGCCGCACCACGCGCAAACAGUCUGCAGUGGUUCGCACGAACUGCAUGGAUUGCCUGGACCGCACCAACGUUGUUCAGAGCACCCUUGGUCGAUGGGUGUUGAACCAGCAACUGCGCGAAGUCGGCGUCUUGGCCUCGGGAGAAAAGUUUGAGGACCAAAAGGAGUUUUGGCACAUCUUUAGAAAUGUCUGGGCUGAUCAUGCAGAUGUGGUCAGCAAGGCUUACUCGGGGACGGGCGCGCUCAAGACCGACUUUACUCGGUGAGUGCGAAGGAGGUGUGGUCCAAUGUGCAGGAUAGGCGACUGAUUGCGCGUUGCAUUGGACCUUGCCCGUCUACGUGGCGUACAGCACUGGCAAGCGAUCGUGGGAAGGGGCGCUGCAGGAUGGAGUCAACUCUCUGACUCGAUACGUCCGCAACAACUUCUUCGAUGGUAGUCGGCAAGACGCCUACGACUUGUUCACUGGAGCUUGGACGCCGAGAAAAGGCGCCACGGGAGACAAGCGUGCCAUUCUCGUACGCUUGGUGUGUAGAUGUGAUUGGGCGUUUGAUCGGUAUGUUUGCUAACAUUUUCAGCCAUGCGUUGCGCCUCAGAUGCCGUACAUUUGGCUGCUCUCGGUGGCGGUUUUGGUCGCAGCCUUCUUGGCACCUCGCUCAGACGAUGGUGAGUCGAAUGCGGCGCUCCUUGGCGGCUCCCGCAUGCCACGAGCUGACCUGGACCGAGGCCCCACCACGCGACAGACGCCACGCGCAACAAGAUCACUGCUGUCGCAGUCAUUGUAGCGUUCACGUCGUUCUACUUCAUCACCGAGCGAGGCCUGGAGUACGUGGCCUGGCCAACCCUCAACAGACCUGAAGAGACCAUGUACUACGAUGGACCUGGCUACUCUUCCGGACGACACGGCAGGGCAGCCAUCUCUGCGCACUAUGAGGGCAACAGGAAGGGCCCAAAGUCUACAGCUAGAGAUAUCCUCGCUGAACCAGCCAAGGUCUCUAAAGGAAGAAGGGGCGGAGAGUACACGCAGUAG